GCAAGAUCAAAACAGAGUUUCUGAAGAACUUGUAAUGGUUGUGCAAGAAAUGAAAAAAUACUUUCCAUCAGGCAGACACAGUAAGCCAAGUACCCUAGAUGCUCUCAACUAUGCCCUUCACUGUGUACACAGUGUACAAGGUAAAUGAGCUGGGGAGAAAUUGCAGUCAUGCAAGUACAUCAUUUUGCUCAUAAACAUUGGCCAAGCUGGAAGAGUUGUCAGUGUGCUUCUAGUCCCUGAAAUGUUUUGAGCUUUUUAUGGUGCUUGAUGUGAGAUGAGCAAAUCUACACAGAAACUAUGUCUUAGUUUUGCAAAUUAGGAACAUCAGGAGGACCUUAUUUGUAUAAUAGUUUAGGAACUGCUACUUAGUGACCGUGCCAGAUUUUGAUGAUUUGUUGCAGGAGAGUAGGGUUUAGCACAUUUUAAAGAGUCACUUUUACACGAUCGUUAUCUUCUAAGGAUAUUGGGGGAAAAUACAUUUGGUUAAAUACAGCUCACCUUGCCGUUAUCCACAUACAAUUAGAGUGCAUUCAUGAUAUAUCAGGAAUUUGCCAAAUUAAAAAUGAACAGUUGCAAACUUCUUUUCCUUUUUAUCUCUGAGUUUUCUUUUCCAGGGAUUUAAUAAAGUAUACAUUUUCUUUAAAACAAAUCUCUCUGACUUCAUGUAUGACACACAGUUCUUGGACACAAAAGUAAUGUUUCUGCCAUAAACACGUCACCUGUAUGUGUUUGGAAUUUUGGGUUUCAGUACCUUAUGUGGAUCCUGCUCCUGGCAAUGCAGAACAUCAGGAAAUGCUAAAAUUCAAAAGCUUAUAUUUGUACAGCUAUUCGUGUUAUAGGUGAAAGAAGAUGAUCUGGUUUUGAGGCACACACGCCAAGGUGUCCUCAUCCUAAAAAAUAACCCAACUUUGAUGAUGGUAAAAAUGAUUUCCUAAAGAUAUUGCUGUCACUGGACUAUCUGUUUAUUUUCCUGUGUUUCUUAGCAAGCAGUGAGUUUUUCCAGAUUCUCAGUCAGAGUGGAACACUUCAAACAGAUGCGACCGUGUACAGUCUUGAGGAGCUGGCCACUCUUGCUUCAGGGUACACUUCCAAAAACACAUUCCAAUACCUACUACUUCAAGUUGUAACAACUGGAUUUUAUAGAACAGGUGAGUUGAGAUGCUGUCAUUUUUCUGUAAAAUUUUGGAAGAGACGUUUAGCGUAUCAUUUUUUGAAUCUCUUCAUGUGGACAAAAUAAUUCAGCCUCAUGCCUUACUGAUGUGAUGGAGAUCCCUUAGUUUUAUGUUUAGACCUCAACAAGAUUGUAACUUCAAGAUCUUGUAAUAUUGGAACAGGAGCUGUCCCUGGUAUCACAGUAGCUGCUUGUUUUACUGACUUGUGUGUUUAUGGGACUCUACUGAAUAUGGCGGAAUAUAAGAAGGAAAAGUUUAAGAAGAUAUUUUCCCUUUUUAAGAUCUUCAGAAUAAAGCUAGAGAGGAAGACAUGCCAAUGCUAGCAGCCACAAGCCAUGGCCAACUGUAAAUGUUAUUGAUGUCUGAUCGGACAGACAUGAGAAAUGAUUCUUAUGAGUGAGGUUGGUCAAAGACAGUGUCAUGAAGGAAGAGAAUUUUGAGUAUGAUCUUGAAGCUUAGAAUCAGGCAUUGGUGAAGACAAGACAUUCCCCAGUUUGCAAAAGAGAAGGAAUCAAAAGUGGGUACGUCAUACGCACAUUUAGUUGAUGCAGGAAGAGCUGGUAUAUUGUUUGGUAUAGAAAUCAGUCCUUCAGAAGAUAAAACACAGGUUUUAUGAUGAUUAUUAAGGGAAAUGUUGGAGAAUUAUGCUGCCUUUGCAGGAUAUGUGUUUGUGUGUGUUGAUCACAUUAGGAGUCUAGAAGAAAUUCCGUUUCAGGGAAUAUUGUUUGUAAGUAUCUCAAUCUUUUCAUUAUUUUAAAUGUUUUUCAUAGGAUACCUUUGUGGCAGUUUUUUCAUUUCUGUCUGGAAGGUUAGUGCACGUUUCUGAACAGGCUACUUUGAUCCUGAAUUGUAAGAAAGAUUUCUUGGAGUCCUCUCACUUUAUGGAACUGCUUGCUCCUCAAGAUGUGAGAGUGUUCUGCGCACACACUGCCCACACUCAGCUUCCCCUCUGGAACAAUUGGACCCAAAGAGCAUCUCAGUAUGAAUUCGCUCCGGUGAAAUCCUUUUUCUGCAGGAUCCGGGGAGGCAAAGAUGCAGAGCAAGAGAAGCAUUACUACCCAUUCAGGAUUAUCCCCUAUUUGAUACACGUACACAGAGCUUCCCAGCCAGAACCUGAGCCCUGCUGUCUCACCCUGGUGGAGAAGAUUCAUUCUGGUUAUGAAGCUCCUCGAAUCCCAGUGGAUAAAAGAAUUUUUACCACAACACACACCCCUGGGUGUGUCUUUCUUGAAAUAGAUGAAAGAGCAGUGCCUCUGCUGGGUUACCUGCCUCAGGAUCUGAUGGGAAGGUCUGUCUUAACAUAUCUGCAUCCAAAAGAUCGUUCUCUCAUGCUCACUGUACACCAAAAAGUCUUGAAGUAUGCAGGCCACCCUCCCUUUGAACACUCACCCAUUCGAUUUUGUACUCAAAAUGGAGAUUACGUUAUCUUGGACUCCAGCUGGUCCAGCUUUGUGAAUCCAUGGAGCCGAAAGGUGUCUUUCAUCAUUGGUCGCCAUAAAGUUCGAAUGAGUCCACUGAAUGAGGAUGUUUUUGCUACCAGAAUAAAAAAGAUGAACAGUAAUGACAAAGACGUAACAGAAUUACAAGAACAAAUUCACAAACUUCUCUUACAGCCCGUUCACGCCAGCGCCGCCAGCGGCUUCGGGAGCCCGGGCAGCAGCGACUCGCAGGAGCCACGCGCCAGCCUCGCGUCGUCCAGGGAGUCCGGCGGGCCGCGCGGCGAGGCCGCACGCAGGGCGCCGACGGCCUUGCAGCAGGUCUGCGCCAGCGUAAACAAGAUGAAGAAACUGGGUCCCCAGCUGCACAUUGAGUCAGUGGCCCCGUCACCAGAUAAACACGUGAUGGGGACACACCCAGCGCGGCCUGGCGGUGAGCAGAAGGCCUCUUCUCCCUUACAGACAUUGAAAAACAACAGCGUGCACAUGGAGUCUUGUGAAGGUUGGAGAAAAGACCAGCAUAGCCCAUCCUAUCAGCAAAUAAACUGCAUUGACAGUGUUAUCAGAUACCUGAAGAGCUACAACAUUCCAGCUUUGAAAAGAAAGUGCAUAUCCUGUACCAAUACAACCUCUUCAUCCUCAGAAGAAGACGGACAGAACCACAAGGCACAUCAUGCCCAAGCCUUGCAAGCUGUGUCUCAGCUCCCAGCCAUAGCUAACUUGGAGAUACGGACUGCCUGGCAGUCCACACAUGCUACAGAAGGCGCUCCAAGGACCCUGGCCCCAACGGCGCUGAGCCUGGGCUCUGGCAUGAGCCAGUGCAGCUACAGCAGCACCAUGGUUCUUGCUCCACCACCAGAGUCAGAAGUGACUCCAGCAGAAGAUGCUGCCCCAGUGUGUGAGCCCUGGACCCUGAGCACAAGCCCAGCUCCACUGACCUCAGAGGAAUUUAAACACAUAGGGCUCACAAAGACUGUCCUGUCAGCCCACACCCAGAAGGAGGAACAGAACUAUGUUGAUAAAUUCCGGGAAAAGAUCCUCUUAUCGCCCUACAGAUCCUGUCUUCGGCAAGAAAGCAGAAGCAGAGCUAAACAUUUGUAUGUUCAAGGAGAUUGUGCUGGCAAGCAGACCCGAUCCACUGGCUGCAAGAAGGGGAAGCGCAAGCAGAAGAAGCUGCCAGUGCUGUCGGACAGCAGAGGCACUCAGGAUACCUUCUGUCCCCACUUUGGAGGAGAGAAUACUGUGAUGACCAUUUUCCUGCCUGACCCCACUGGCUGUCCCCUGUUGCCACCAUCAUUCUGUCCUUAUGCAUUCCUGGGAGCAGCAGGCUCUUCUGGAACACCACCCUUCAUAUCAGCAGUGGCUCCACACCUGGAGCAGCCGUCCUCAGUCCUCAGCCAAAGGCAGGUGGAGGGAAGACGGGAGACGCCACAUGGAGAGCACCACUGCAUUAACUCGAGGAGCAGCUCACUUCUACAGCUCAACUUACUGCAGGAAGACAUGCUCAGAUCCUGUGAAUCUUCAGAUCAGGGUGUCUUAGGCAGGAGUGGGAGUAAGAAGAAUCCUUUUACUGCCAGUGAACUGUCCAUGGCAUUACUUCCUGAGGAGUCUCCAUUUGGAGCGGGUUCUACAGCAUCAGGAAGCAGUGACAGCAGUAUAUACUUUGCUAGUAGUGAUUAUUCUUCUGAAAUCACCUCAAAUGGGCAGCAGUUUCAAGAUGUACAGGGAAAAGAAACAUUUCCCGGUUUAGCUGAAGAGUCUAUGUGGAGAAUGAUAAAACAAACACCUGAGUGCAUUCUGAUGACAUAUCAGGUACCUGAGAGAGUUACAGAGACUGUACUGAGAGAGGACCUGGAGAAGCUGGCCAGCAUGCAGGGGCAGCAGCCCUGGUUCUCACGUGGGCAGAGGCAGGAGCUGGCCAGUGUGCACUCCUGGAUUCAGAGCCAGACUGUCCCUCAAGGAAUAGAUAUCCAGGACUGUGUCACUUGUGAAAGCAAGGAAUCCGUCCAUGUCUUCCCAGAAUCCUGUGGUCACACUCCAGCAGCGAACAGCAGUUGAGGGACUGUGGAGACACACUUGCCGGGACCCCCUGGACAACCAGACCUCUUUGUGCAUCUCUUUAAACCCCUGACUUCCAAGUGACCAUGAAGUUGUCACUGAGUGUUAUGGUUUUCCCUUCUUGAUUUUUUUAAUCAGCAUCAUUUUUCUGAAGCGGAUGUCGUAUAUACAGUCUUUUAUAUCUGUGUUCCUGGUGCAUUAAAGCUGUCAGGUUCUGAUUCCGCUGUCCUCUGAGAUUGGAUGGCCUCUAGAGAAUUGUGUACACAGCACCCAAAAACAGUGGUAGCCAGAGGUAUAGCCAGAAAUAGCCCCGAACCUUGGCCUUCUUUAUUUCGUUCUGUUGUUACAGAAAUCAUUUUCCCCAUGAGAGACCUUAAGGACAUCCUACCUAAAUGGUUCCCAUAAUUGUAGUACUUUCAUCUGGUUCUUGCACAGCUUGGUGCUUCUCUCCAUGACUCAGAUGAAACAUUCUCAUUUGCCCAUAACAUAAGUCACUUUGGUAUUUACCAGUAGUAACAAAUACCACCACCCAUCGGUAUACUGGAAAUACCUAGUUGUUAGGGUUGGAUUUUGAGCUUUGUUCUUGUAGAUGCCUUUUCUUUUAAUUUUCCACCUUCAGCUGAAAUUCCCAAAGUCUUACCCUAAUAAUCAGUCUAUUUACCAUGAGCUUAUUCCUUGGAGAGUUGAAGUUAGCUUUUGGAUGUGUGAUGUUAAAACAAAAAGAGCUCUUCGCUUAAUCAGUGAUAUUCCCCUUUCUAAUGUUUUUGUUUUUAAAAUAAUGAUUGUAAAAAGUUUCAGAAGUUACGUAAAAAAUAAUUACUGUUCUUUUA